UGUGCGUGCGGAUCGAUCGAGGUUAUCACACUUGCGACUCUGGCAUUACUAGCCGUUAUCAGCCGUUAUCACUGUUUCUUAGCAGGUGUUCGUGGAAUGUCGCAAACCGGGUAAGAUGGCGACGGACAUCGGUAUAUCAAAAUACGUGAAAUAUGAUUGUGAUUUGUUAAAAUUAUGAGUAUACCUGAGUCUAUCCGAAGAAAGAAGCGAAAAUGGCGAGGAUACGAUGGUCCUUGACGAAGGUACCGAAAAUUCUAAGGGUUAGUUUGAAACGGAGGUUAUGGCGGUUUCAAAUUGCAUUCAAAUCCCUGUUCUACAACGACUUCCUAGACUGGAGUUAUGCUUGUGAUAUAUUGAUGGAACCUCUGUUCUGGUUCGUCGAGAAUUUUACUGCCUGUCUGGGUCCUGCAUUUGUGGGAAUGGUGAUCCUGCUAACUGCAAGUAUAGUGUACAUCGCAUACUACGUUGGUCUGCCCUACUGGUGGAACCGAAGUCCAUUCACUACGGUGAUCCUGCUAAUAAUUGGGAAUUGGUUACUGGUUAAUGUUUGCUUCCACUAUUACAUGGGUUUGAGAGUACCACCAGGCUAUCCACCGCAAGGUGGCCUUAUCCCUGAGGCUGUGAGUAUUUGCAAGAAAUGCAUCAAGCCAAAACCACCCAGAACACACCACUGCUCUGUCUGCAACAAGUGUGUUCUCAAAAUGGACCAUCAUUGUCCGUGGCUGAAUAAUUGUGUCGGGCAUUAUAACCAUCGACACUUCUUCCAGUUCAUGGCUUUCGCCGUGUUCGGCUUUAUAUUCAUCAUGAUUUUUGGCGUGGAGCUCGCCUAUGAGGAGUUCUUCCCUGCGCAGGAGCCGGAACUGGAUGGUCACCCGGUACGCCUUAAUAAUUCUGAAAUAAUUCCCAUGACGGAGUCGUUGGAUCAUUUAACCGAUGAGGAACGAGCAGAGAUAGCAAAACAAGCGGCGGAGAACGAGGCCAAAGAGUGGCGACGAAGACUGAUUAUUUUCGCAGGUCUGAUCAGUGUCGCUGCGUCAGCAGCGGUAGGUGCCCUGACUUGGUGGCAUGCCGGACUCAUCACCCGGGGAGAGACGAGCAUUGAAGCGCAUAUCAAUAGCACGGAAUCUCAGAAGCACAAAGCACAGGGCAAAGUUUAUCAAAAUCCUUACGAUUUCGGACCGAGGGAGAAUUGGAGACUAUUUUUGGGGGUAAAAAACAGGAGUUGGUGGUCAAUUCUUUUUCCAUCGAGGCAUGGCCCGUACAGUGACGGGCUCACGUGGCGAACCAUUCACGAUAGUAAAAUAUCCUGAUUUCUGAGGCCCAGAAGACCG